GCAGGACGACCGGGCGCGGGCUGCGGCUCUGCGGACACUCGGAGAAACGGCAUCCCCCUAAGCCUGCUUUUGUGCAAGAUGUUGGGCUUUUUGAAGCGCCCUGUAGUGGUGACAACUGACAUCAACUUGAACCUUGUGGCUCUGACUGGGGUGGGGUUACUGAGCCGACUGUGGCAACUCACCUAUCCUCGGGCUGUGGUUUUUGAUGAGGUAUAUUAUGGGCAAUACAUCUCCUUUUACAUGAAACGGAUCUUCUUUUUGGAUGACAGUGGACCACCAUUUGGCCACAUGCUGCUGGCCUUAGGAGGGUAUUUAGGAGGAUUUGAUGGUAACUUUUUAUGGAACAGAAUUGGAGCAGAAUACAGUAGCAAUGUGCCUGUGUGGUCCUUGCGCCUGCUGCCUGCACUCGCAGGGGCUUUAUCGGUCCCCAUGGCCUACCAGAUAGUGUCAGAGCUCCACUUUUCUCAUUGUGCCGCCAUGGGAGCAGCUCUGUUGAUGCUUAUCGGUAAGAACUGGGCCCCUGCCUACUCUUGGUAUCCCUCAGGGAAGAACCUAGGAGGACUAGCUCGGAUCACCCAAGGCCAGCCACUGGAGGUGGCCUUCGGUUCCCAGGUCACUCUGAGGAGCGUCUUUGGCAAACCCAUUCCCUGCUGGCUUCACUCCCACCAGAACACCUACCCCAUGAUGUACGAGAAUGGCCGAGGCAGCUCCCACCAGCAGCAGGUGACCUGCUACCCCUUCAAAGAUGUCAAUAACUGGUGGAUUAUAAAGGAUCCUGGCAGGCACCAGCUGGUGGUGAGUAACCCUCCAAGGCCCGUGCGGCACGGGGACAUCGUGCAGCUGGUCCAUGGCAUGACCACUCGCCUCCUGAACACGCAUGAUGUCGCAGCCCCGCUGAGCCCGCACUCGCAGGAGGUCUCCUGCUACAUUGACUACAACAUCUCCAUGCCUGCACAGAGCCUCUGGAGACUG